ACAAAUGGACCCAGUUUCCGACCCACCAUUUGAAGAAGCAUAUAAGAUCCUCCUGAACAAAACCAAAAACAAUCGUAAUAAUGUCCCCAACGACAACAAGUUUCCGGUGGUGGAGGAAUGCGAACUUCCGGUGAUCGAUCUGAGCCGCUUAGAGGACGACAAUGAAAUGGUAAGAGAAGCAUGCAAGUAUGAGAUAGCUAGAGCUUCGCAAGAAUGGGGCUUUUUCCAGGUUAUAAAUCAUGGAAUUCCAAAUGACAUUUUCAGUAGGUUAAAAUGUGAGCAAGAGAAAGUUUUUAAGCUUCCAUUUGAUAAAAAGACCAAAGAGGACAAGUUCUUGCAAUUUUCUUCUGGUAGUUACCGUUGGGGAACACCUUCUGCCACAUGUGUUGGACAGUUAUCUUGGUCAGAGGCAUUUCAUAUCCCUUUAAAGGAUGUAUUAGAAUCCAAUGCUCAACCAAAUACACUUAGAUCAACAAUUGAACAAUUUGCUAUCAUAUCAUCCAACCUUGCACAAACUUUAGCUCAUAUUCUAGCUGAAAAAAUGGGGCAUGAAUCAACUUAUUUUAAGGAGAAUUGCUUGCCCAAUACUUGUUAUCUUCGAUUGAACAGAUAUCCUCCAUGUCCUAUAGCUUCUGAGAUUCAUGGUCUAAUGCCACACACUGAUAGUGACUUCCUAACUAUAUUGUAUCAAGAUCAAGUAGGAGGAUUGCAAUUGGUGAAAGACAAGAAAUGGAUUGCAGUUAAACCAAAUCCUAGUGCUCUUAUAAUCAACAUAGGUGACUUAUUCCAGGCUUGGAGUAAUGGACUUUACAAGAGUGUUGAGCAUCGAGUUGUUACAAAUCCAAAAGUUGAAAGGUUCUCUAUGGCGUAUUUCUUGUGCCCUUCAAAUGAGAGUGUGAUAGAGAGCUGCAAAAAGCCAUCUCUUUACAAAGAGUUUAGCUUCCAAGAAUAUCGGCAACAAGUUCGAGAUGAUGUUCAGAAGUUGGGGACCAAAAUAGGCCUACCUAGAUUUCUCCUAUUUUAAUUCAAUUUUAUUAUGAAAAGAAUCUUGAAAUUAUACGCAUGUAAAAGAGUAGAGAGUGUUCAUUUGAGUUUUCACAAAACUCGAGAGAAGUCUUCGCAUUUGCGUGUGGGAAUGGCCGA